AUGUCAACUACAUCAAAAUCAUCAAGAACAAAAUCAUUUGAUGAAACUGUUGGUAGUAUAUUACCAUCAUAUAUGAUGUAUACUCAAACAAUUGGUAUGAAUGUAAAUGUACCAGAAGAUAAUGGAUUAGCUAAUGAAAUACCACCACCAAAUUAUUCUGAUGAAUCAGAUUAUUCUGCUCAAAGUGCUCAAUUUUCAAAUUUACAUUCAUCAAUUUCACCAAAUACUUGUUUAUCAAGUAUAGAAACACCAGUGGAUCAUAAUGUUAAUAUAGAUAGAUUAAUAAAUCGUAACGAUUCAGACAGAUCAUUAAUUGUUGCUGAUGAAAAUACAAAUUGGAGAGAAACAGUUUUAGAUAAUGUUCAUAAAUUACCAAAUAUGACUUUUGAAAAUAAUAUUAUAUCAAAUUCAGUCAAGAUAGAGAUUUUUUUCACAAAAAAGAUCGGAGAAAUUAAUAAGAAACCAGAGCUAAUUGAUCCGUCAAUAUAUGAAUAUUCACAAGGUGAUUUAAUCAAUGGUUAUGUUACUAUAAAAAAUACAUCAGAUAAACGCAUACCUUUUGAAAUGUUUUAUCUAAUGUUUGAAGGUAAUUUUAUGGUUGCAAAUCCUAAAAAUGUAUUUGAUAAAGUACCCAUUAAAAUUAGAAGAUUUUUGGAAAUGUUCGAUUUUUUUGCAAGUUAUAAUGAAGCUCAUAUAAAUAGAUUAUCUAGUGAAGUCGAAACUCCUUAUAGUUGUGAGUAUUAUACCGAUAAAACUGACCCAAUCGAUGGUACAUACUUAUAUUUUGGUCCCGAUAAAGCAAUAAAACCAAAUAGAACUUAUAAAAGAUUUUUUUCAUUCAAGAUCCCAAAUAAUUUAUUAGAUUCAGAAUGUAAUGAUCAUAAUUUAUCAAAACAUAUACAAUUACCACCAACUGUUGGGUUGUCAAGGUGGGAACUUAGUCAUUUCCCAGAAAGAGAACAAAAAAGAUUGAGAGACUUAUCUUUAAUGAAUACUUCUAUUGGUUAUGGGAUAAUGGCUAGAUUUAUCGGUAGAAAAUCAACUUGGGAAUCCGAAUUCGGUACUUUUGAAACUCCAAGUAAUAAUGAUUGUCAAACAAAAAUUGUUAAUUCAAAAGGUGAUGAGUAUAUUAUUUUAAAAGAAUUGACAAACCACUUUAGAGUUAUACCAACGACUAGAAUAUUAAGUGAAAACGAAAAAUUAAUGAAACAAGUUGAGAAUAGGUUAUUGUACGAGAACUUAGUCAAAAGAAUUAAAGAUAAAAUUGAAAUUGGUGAGCAGUUACUCAAAUCAAUUGAAGAAAAUAAAUUCGAUAGUUCAAUAGAUCUCGGUGAAAAUUUAACACAAUUAGAAAUCGCAGCUGCAAAAUUAAGGCAAUCAUAUACUUAUCAAUCUGACUCCAUUAAAAAUUUAAAAUCAAAUAUCAAAAAGUUGGAGUAUUAUGAAUUGUUGGUACCAUUAGCUAAAAAAUCUUUUGGUGGUGUUAAAAAUUUAGGAGUUUUACUGGUUAAAACCCCAAAACAAGAGUAUACAAUAAAAUAUAUACCGCCAACAAGAUUUAGAGUGGACUCAAUUGACGAGUUGGCAUCCACUUGGAAUUUAAAUAUCCCACUAGAUUUUGUACUUGAUUCACCAUCAAAAGAAAGAAACCCACCACCUACAAUCAUAAAAAAUAUUUCUUGUGAGUUAGUGGUUCAUUCAAUAAGGUCAAUAAAUACACCAAUACCAAUUGAAAUUGAUCAUGAUUUAAUUUAUAAUAAAAGUUGUGACUACAAAGUAUUUCAUGAUUCAGAUUCUAUGUUGAACAACCUAAUUAAACCAAUGCAAAAAGAUUCUACAAAAUUAUAUCAAAUAUUUAAAAAAUUAGGUCCAGAAAACUUUAAAUUGGAAAGACAAUUAGUUGAUGAUUUGAAAUCAAUAUGUCAAUUAGAGGAAAAAAUAAUAAAUUUAUCAUGUAAUGAUGUAAAAAUAUUUAUUAAUAAUAAUAAUUUUUCACUUUCCAAAUCAAAAGUAAAUUGGUCUAACAUUAAAGAUUCUCAAUCAUUAACUACGUCAUUAAAUUUACAAAUAAAUUUACAAAAAUUAUCAACAAAAGGUUCAACCACUACUGAUAAUGUUUUAUCAUUUGAUAAAUUUAAUUUAGUACCUGAUUUUCAAAGUUGUUAUAUGGCUAUUUUGUAUCAUCUAAAAUUAGUUAUAUUUUUAUCAACCGGUGAUUGUUUAAGACUUAAAGUACCCGUAAGAAUUGAAAAAUAA